AUGAUUCUGAAAUGGCUCUUUCGUUGGCUUCAAGCUUAAUCCGUUGUGGUACUUUUAAUGCUGCUGAUGUUGCUUGUAGCUAUGUAUUCUGGAGUCAGUCUAAACCACCGGAUAUUGGGAAGGCCACUCGAAAUGCGCUAACUAUUGGGAGAUAUUUGCCGCCUAAUUGGCACCAUGAAUUGAAUGAUGUCGAGAAAGAAGGAAUACAUCGGGAAGUAUUAAAUAAUGUAAGGAAUUAUAAUGUUGGCAGUUUAAGUAAUGGUUGCCUCAUGCGAAUAUCACCUUUAGCUAUCUAUUCUGUCAAUAUUACAUCCAUACGACGGAUAGAAGAAAUGGCUCGUGCAGAUUGUUCACUUACACAUUAUGAAGAAGACACUAAACAAGCCGUAUUUUCGUACGUUAUUGCGAUACGACAUUUGCUUAAUGGGAAGAGCAACAAGGAAGCAUUUGAGGCAGCACUAAAUGCUACUCAAAGCAUACGUAUCCGUGAACAUCUGCUGACAGCUCGAGAAAAGCCUGUCCCUGUAAAUAUUGGGGAUCAAUAUGUGGAUGGUGAUGGAAAAGCGAUGGGAUAUAUUGGAGUUGCAUUGCAGAGUGCUUUUUAUGAACUUCUUUAUGGCAAAUCGUUUACGAAGUCAUUAAUUGACACAAUAUCACGUGGAGGUGAUACCGAUACAAACGCUGUCAUCGUUGGAGCUUUAGUUGGUGCACGAUUUGGCAUUGAUAAUAUUCCAGAGAAAUGGAUUAGUACAGUAAAGGAAAGUAAACCACGAGCUAAUUUGAAUACAAUCGAUUAUAAUGUAGAACGAAUUGUUAACAAAUUACUGAUGUUGAGUUAA